UCGUUCAGUAUCCUCUUAGAUCUUAAAAAGUGCGACCAGUGGCAAGCUAAGAGUUCAUAGUACACUAUCAGCAUUACAACAGUCUGUGUGUGCUCCUAAGAAGGAACAUCAUGAGGAAUCCGGCAGCCAUCAUCGGCCCACCUAGUCCACAAGCACUUACGUGGACCAUCUCGGUGGCCAACCUAACCGUGGUGGAUAGAGUGCCCGCUGAGAUGCUACAUCUCGUCGACACACACUGGUAUCAGUUUCCACCUUUGGAGACAAAGUGGCACGCCGCAUUGGCCACCACCAUCGGCCUGUUGGCUCUGAUUUCCAUUGUAGGCAACGGAUGCGUGAUUCUGAUAUUCGCGUCCACCAAAGGUCUCCGAACGCCAUCCAACCUGAUGGUGAUCAAUCUAGCGUUUGCCGAUUUCAUGAUGAUGUUCACCAUGGCUCCACCGCUCAUUAUCAAUUCCUACCACGAGACCUGGAUAUUUGGACCGCUCAUGUGCGAAAUAUAUGGAAUGUUCGGUUCACUGUCGGGCUGCGUUUCGAUCUGGAGCAUGACGAUGAUCGCUUUCGAUCGGUAUAACGUGAUCGUGAAGGGUUUAGCCGCCAAACCGCUCACCUACGUGGGAUCGGUGAUGCGGAUUCUCUUCGUGUGGGUCAAUUCCCUCAUCUGGACGCUAGCGCCACUGAUCGGCUGGAACCGUUACGUACCGGAAGGCAACAUGAGCGCAUGCGGCACGGACUACCUGUCGAAGGAUUGGAUAAGCGUGUCCUACAUCUAUGCGUACUCGGUGUUUGUCUACUGGUUGCCGCUAUUACUUAUCAUCUACUGCUAUUCCUACAUUCUGAAGGCUGUUUCUGCGCACGAGCGAAACAUGCGAGAGCAGGCGAAAAAAAUGAACGUUGCUUCCCUGCGUUCGUCCGAUGCGUCGAAAACGAAUGCUGAAAUCAAGCUGGCCAAAGUGGCACUCGUCACGAUCACUCUCUGGUUCAUGGCCUGGACACCGUACCUGGUUAUCAACUAUGCUGGGAUCUUUGUGUCCAGUCCAAUCAGCCCGCUGCAAACGAUUUGGGGAUCUGUGUUCGCUAAAGCUAACGCCGUUUACAAUCCGAUAGUUUACGGCAUUAGCCAUCCCAAGUACAGGGCCGCUCUGUACGAGCGCUUCCCGUCGCUGGCUUUCCGCCGCAAGGAUAAUUCUGCUGACCAGAGUUCCAUAGCUUCCUGCGCGACUACUGCCGAUCAAUGCGAAACCUGAACCUGAUGGCCAACCAGAUAGUUCGGCAAUAAGUUAUUACUAACCGUAUGGGCUAACUGGAACUUCCGGAAAAUGGUCGAAAUUCAUUGUGAUAACGUUAUGCUUGCAGUAUUUGCAAUCAGUAUGCUUUCUUAAAUUUCAAAAAUAAACUAUGUUACAUUUUGUCAUUUCUCCCAGUUCAAGUGUGUAGUUUGUUCAUUAUUUGUGCUGUAUUGAACCUUUCCAAUGUUUUAACCGACGUACACGACACCUAGCUCUUAAUAGGUACAAAGUGCUGACCGUUUAACAGUGGGGAAUUCGAUUCACGCAUAAUUCACAGCCGUUGCAGACAAGACAUGCAAAGAUGAAAAAUACAAAAACGAACCAUUAUACUCGUUAAGCCAUAAAACAUUGCCAUAAAACAAAUAACGCGAAACAAAAUCGCAUAUGAUGGAUAAACAGCUUAAAGCACGCGAACCACAAUAAAGAGCUGUUUGUAGGUCAUGCCGGCGAUUCCUGGCGUGCUGCGCUUAUUGAUACUGCAUAGUUGGAUAGCCAGUCUCAUAAUGGGGGAACGGCCCGGAUGGGAUUUGCAACCGCGGUCCUGCCGUGUGAAGACCGGCGCCGCUGUCGCAUCUACCACCGGGCCGCCCUUACUCCUAUAUGAUCAAUUAUGUUGAUCCUGCCGUAAAGCAAGAUCUAUCACAUCACCCAACUUUUGAAAGUUAUUUUUUGUUUAAUAAAUUAAUAAAUAAUAAUUAAUAAACAAAUAAGUUAAAUCUUGUGAGAUAAACAAUUUUCAGCCUCUACAGGACAUGCAGCCAACAAAAGCGGGAUGAAAGGUCGAAUCCCAUCCAGAUCGCUUUCCCGUAACAAGAGUUCACGAGCCGGACUACGCGGUAUUGGUAAACCUGACAAGCCAUUUUAUGGCCGACAUGACCUUGCAGGUCGUUGAGCCAAGAAGAAGAAGAAUUCGCUGGUCAUUUCUAGCUUUGUUGUACAUUUCCACUAUUUGAAAACCCACUAUGAAAAACGGAUGAAAAUAAUUUCAUAUCAGCUUGAAACCCUUUGCACAGCACAAUAGUUGACACACAAUCAAGCACCAAAAAUCUGUUCCACAUAAACCACCAAAGAUAUGAUGGCGGAAUGUAUCGAAAACUAUUUACACUGCCUUUAUCACAAAACAUGCCUUAGAGAUAAGUGUAUAAUAGAGAACUCGUGCAUGAAACUCGAUUUACUAUGAACAUGUGAGGCACAAUUAAAUUUCCCGUGGCGCAUAAUCCGUCGCUCAUGGUUGCCAGUCCUACGGUGUGCGGCAGUGUGAAGAAGCACUAAAACUGGACAAAUUAUUACGUUAAGGAUUAGCGUUUUUCUUUUCGAAUUCGAAUUAUGAAUGUACUCGCCGGUUCACGGUACCACCAAAACCAUGCACGAAAUAACUAAUCGAAUUAGUGCAACAUUGGGGCCGCCCAAUUUUUCGCGCUAUAAAAGCUGGUCGCACCCGGCAGAAGGACGAGUUGUUCCUUGGUACAACACCGGUGAUCAGUUGAGUAGAGUUCUCAAGUAGCUACAGUAAGCCUGGAGUAGUUCGCCCUGAAAAGCGAUUUUCUUCAGCUUAUCCAAAAUCAGUGAAUAGUGUACGUGGUCGAAGCACUCUAG